UUUACGGAAGUAGCGGGUCAUUUUUUUGACAAGACGAUGCAGCACUUUAGGAUUUAAUUGGAUUUAAUACCAGUUUUAAAUGUCCGUUUUAACAUUCGAACUGAGCAACAUAUAUUUGCGCUGCGUUUUCUGUGGUUAUCUUGGGUUAAUUUGCGAUUUAAAAUCCGUUAUAAAGCACAAAAGGAGAACUUUCAUUCAUGUAGCCGAGGUUAGCUUCAGAAUCUGAUGGUAAAAGUCUUAUAUUUUCGGUUCUUGUUGGUAAUAAUACUAAAGGUUUUAUUUAAAUGGUAGAAAUUCCUAGCGUAUAGCUGUAUUCGCUGUAAAAACAGUAAUAGCAUAUUUCUGAGGAUGGGAGCGGAACAAAGCGCGGAUUCUGAACAUAAACACCUCGAUCAUGGAUCUGCGGGUAAGAACAGAACAUAUAAAUGGAGCAGAGGAUACAGAGGAGGGGAGGAGAGGGUCAGAUGAAUCAGAAGAUAUAGAGGAGAGGGUCAGAUGUAACGUGGGUUGCAGAGGAGAGAGUCAAAGGAGCAGAGGAGUAAAUCAGUAGUUACCUCCGCCAAGGAGGUUAUGUUUUUGCCGGCGUUUGUCUGUUUGUUUGUUUGUUUGUUUGUUUGUUUGUCUGUUAGCAACAUAACUCAAAAAGUUAUGGACCGAUUUUGAUGAAAUUUUCAGGAUUUGUUGGAAAUGUGAAAAGGAAGAACUGAUUUCAUUUUGGGGGUGAUCCGGAAGAAAUCCUGGAUUCUGGAUCACUUUGAAAUUUUAGUUAACAUUGUGGUAAAUGGGGCCAAAAAUUUUGUUUCUCAAUAUCUCGGUAAAUUAUUGACCAAACCCCAUGAAAUUUGACUCAGGGAUAGACAAUGGGAUCCUCUUUCAUAUUCCAAAGGCUGAUCCGGAUCUGAUCCAGAAGACUGAUUUUAUCGUAAUUUAUAUAAAAAAUGGGGGUAGUCCUUGGCGGAGGUCUGCGCUCUCUGAGUGCUUUUCUAGUUUUAUUUUCCUUUCAGCACCUUCUCCAGCGAAGCAGAGAGCCAAGAUGGACGACAUUGUGGUGGUGGCUCCAGGAACCCAGAGUCUGAGGAACAUUCACAAUGACCCGGACGUGAUAAAGCUACAGGAAAUCCCCACAUUUCAGCCACUGCUCAAAGGUGUAUUGAGUGGUCAAACUUCUCCCUCCUCUCUCUCUCUGGACCGACUGGACCCAGCUCAGGUUCUACAGCUCUGUGUUCGUUAUCAGCAGCAUCUGCAUCAGUGCGCUGAGGCUGUGGCUUUUGACCAGAAUGCUCUUGUCAAACGCAUCAAAGAGAUGGACUUGUCGGUAGAGGCCUUGUUUAGCCUGAUGCAGGAGCGGCAGAAACGUUACGCUAAAUAUGCUGAACAGAUCCAAAAGGUCAACGAGAUGUCCAUGAUCCUGCGCCGUGUCCAGAUGGGCAUUGACCAGACACUGCCCCUGCUGGACAGAUUGAACAACAUGCUGCCAGAGGGCGAGAGACUCGAACCGUUCAGCCUGAGGGCGGAGGGCGAGCAAGGGGCAAGCAAGUGAAGUGUUUUUAUUUCGGAUGGCUUAUAUAUCAGUUCCAGUAUUGCCCAGUAUGGACAUCUGAUACCAAUAUUUUUCCUGCACUGCUGCAUUCUUAAUUAUUGGCAUUACCAAAUAUCUGUUAUGGACCACAGCAGCAGGCCAAUAGCUAAUAUCAUUAUCGGCUCCAAAAAUCCUAAUUGGCCCAUCUGUACUUUUUAUUUCUUUUAUUGCUGGAAAACAUGCAUUCUUACUGUGAGCAGACUUGCUAGGCUUGGUGGUGUCACAAAAUAGGGAGGAGGGAAUGAAGAAUGGACUUAUGUAAAAUUACAAUAACGAGAACAGAACUUUGUAUUUUUAUUUUUCAGAAGUGAAGUGUUCAGUCCACACACAGUGAAUCAGAGGCGAUGAUCACUUUAAAUGUCGAAACAACUGUACAUGUUUAAGGAGGCGGUUUAAAGGCACAACUAAUCAGACUGACUCUCACUGCACAACUCCAAAUUAUGUUUUAUUUAAAUAUUCUGCAGUGUGAGCAGAAGACUUACCCAGAGGACUCAAAUCUGAGUCAGACCAGGAUUAUAUUAUCAAUGAAGAAACAAAGGAAUGUGCAAAUUUAACUUAAAACUGACUGAUGCUGAUGUGCAGAAAAUGGAGAUUUGUGUAAUUUGCAAUUUGUAUCUGUAAAUAUUAAUGAUGUAAAUAUUACAAAUAAAUUGAAAUCUGUGAAAAUCAAAUAA